AUGGGGAAGCGACGCUGUGUCCCCCCGCUGGAGCCCAAGCUGGCGGCCGGCUGCUGCGGCGUGAAGAAGCCCAAGCUGUCUGCGAGCGGCGGCCAUGGGGGCACGGGCGCCGCGGCGGGCGCCUCCAGCGCGGGGCCGCUCCAGAACCACCAGCACGCGGACGGCAAUGGCGCGCGGGAGAACGCCUCCGACUUGACUUUGGGCCCGGGAAAUUCCCCCGUCACGCGCAUGAACCCCACGGCAGGAGCUCUGAGCCCGCUGAGCCGGCCCAACGGAACUGCCAACGGCACCAAGAACCUGGUGGUGACGGCGGAGAUGUGCUGCUACUGCUUCGAUGUUCUCUACUGUCAUCUCUAUGGGUUCCCCCAGCCACGGCUGCCCCGAUUCACCAAUGACCCCUAUCCACUCUUUGUGACGUGGAAGACGGGGCGAGACAAGCGGCUUCGUGGCUGCAUUGGGACCUUUUCAGCCAUGAACCUUCACUCAGGACUCAGGGAAUACACAUUAACCAGUGCACUUAAGGACAGCCGAUUUCCCCCCCUGACCCGCGAGGAGCUGCCCAAACUCUUCUGCUCUGUCUCCCUCCUCACUAACUUUGAGGAUGCCAAUGACUACCUGGACUGGGAGGUUGGGAUCCAUGGGAUCAGAAUAGAGUUCAUCAAUGAGAAGGGUGUCAAACGCACAGCCACGUAUUUACCUGAGGUUGCUAAGGAACAAGACUGGGAUCAGAUCCAGACCAUAGACUCCUUACUCAGGAAAGGUGGCUUUAAGGCUCCGAUUACCAAUGACUUUAGGAAAACAAUUAAACUCACCAGGUACCGCAGUGAGAAGGUGACAAUCAGCUACGCGGAGUACAUGGCCUCCCGCCAGCACUGCUUCCAGAACGGCACCCUCCAUGCGCCCCCCCUCUACAAUCAUUACUCCUGACACACGGCUGCAUGACCAGUCCCACCCGCCCGUGGCUGCCAACGGCUACGACAUCAUUGGGGCAGACGCCUCCUCUUCCUGGUCCAGUUACUUCUAUUACUGCACCAUUUUAUGAUGCUAGCUUCCGUUGCCAAGCCUGCCUUCCAGCUGACCUGGGGGGAAGACAAGAGCAUGACAGGACUCGUGGGGCCCAAGCCUUAUCUCAGCCUUCCCUCCGAGCGGGGGUUCAGUCGGAUUGGGGCUCCGUGUCUAGGAACUGUCGUGAGGUGCAGAAGACCUCCAGGAGUGGAAGUGUCCCUUCAGAUUGAGCUGUUCUUGCGUGUUUCAACACGCUGGGAACGUGAGUUGUUUGUUAUGGAAGCCCCCCAGAUCAAGUAGGAGCAUUCCCCUGGCAGCCUGGGCAACGGAGUCCAAUAAAACAUUUUUUAGGUUCUUUUUAAUUUUUUUUAACCUCUGGUAUUUGUUGUGUACCAAGAGCUGAUUGCAGUCGCCACACAUCACAGGCGGACAUGGUGAUAUGGGGAGGGCUGAACGUCCAGAUAGCACCCCAUCCUCCUCGACAGAAAGCUCUGAAGGAUGUGGAAAAACCUUUGGACGGUAUGGUAGAUGAAUCCAUUAUUUAAGUAAAGCCCAGAAGGUUUUAGUUUGCAGAUCCCACUGCAGGUUGGAUUCUCUAGAACUCCAUUUGGUUCACAGUUUGUGGGUUUUUUAGACAGUACUUUGUGAUGUAAGCUGCUACAAAACAGUGUUGUUAUGCCUGUGAGAGAGCAAAACGUUACACGCUCUUUACGUGAAGGCRAAGGUCCGUGGGUGUCCCUGCACAAUCUGCUCUGUUACUCCUAAAUUUUGUGUCCAGACUUUUUGAAACGGAGCCUAAUUGGAUUAGGGAUGGGCAGGGAUUUGCAGGGCAUUGCCUGUAGUCAUCCCAGUGAGACUAGUGACUGAAACUUGUUUAAUUUAAGCAGUCUCGGGGACCUUCCUUUUUAUAGGACAGCCACUUUCUCUUGGGUGACUAUGGAUCUGGAGAAUUGUCAGUAUUCCAGUUUACAGCAGGACUAUAGAAUAAAGCUAGGUAGUGUUGCUGAUAAAUUAUUAUACUGUUUGGUUGUUAUCAAGGCAAAGGGGGGGGAAAUUUGUAUGACCUAGAGUGUAUGAAAUUCAUGUGCAUUGUGUAUUGCUUCUCCUGUCAUUGAUGAUUACAAGAAAUACUCUCUUCUGAGAUGAUGAUAUCAGUUAUCUGGUUGUCAUUCKUAAGAGUCACUGAGGGAUGUCAUAAAACCUAAAUUAUGACACAUUCUCACUGAGGUCGCUGGAUUUAGAAAAUGACACUCGRUUUUUGCAAUUAUCUGAAGCAAGGAUGAGGGAAGCAAAUACAAGUGCACCGAGUAAUGGCUACUUGCAUAUAUAUAUAUAUUUGAAGUUAGUUUGUGUGUGGUAAUGAUGGCUUUGAGAGCCGGCUGGUGUUGAAACGUGAAGUUCUGCUGAGUUUUCCCCUGGCAUUGCAGGGGGUGAAACCCGGAUAGAAAGCUCAGAGCAGCAAAAGGCGCUGGCUGCUGCUCCUGGUGGUGCUGGCGAAGGGGGCAGGACCCCGCGGUGGUGCCGCACGGUGGUGAGGCUCUCCUGCUCUCCUGCGUGAGGAAAGGAAGGGGGCCCCUUCUGGAUAACUGUGCAAUAUCGACCCAGCUUUCCUCCCGUACUGGGUCACUCUUAMAAAUUGCCACUUUUCCCUUGGGAUGUUGUUGGAAAGCAAUUGCAGAUGAAGGGAUUGUUUCRUGAUUUCCUGCUGCUGAGAAUAAAUCGGUCUUGUUACAAACUUGCGUGGUU